AUGUCUGGUUUCUAUUGGAAUAUAAGAGGGUUUAACAAACCAUCUAAACAUUCUAUAGUAAAGGACUGGGUUCGGAGGAGUGGUUUUCAGUUUGGUUGUAUAAUUGAGACGCGGGUGAAGGAGAACAAAGCUAAGAGGAUUAUUGAAGAGGUUUUUCCUGGCUGGUCCUCUAUCACUAAUUAUGAGCAUCAUCGACUGGGUAGAAUCUGGGUGUUAUGGAGUCCAAAAGUGAGGGUCACGCCUUGUUUCCAGAGCGCGCAGAUGAUUACUUGUUCGAUUCUACUAGAAGAUAUGGCAGAGGAGAUAUUCUGUUCCUUUGUAUAUGGUUUCAAUUUGGCUGAAGAGAGGAAAGAACUCUGGAGAGAUAUUAAGUCUCACCAAGACUCACCUCUAAUUCAGAAGUCGCCGUGGUUGGUUUUUGGUGACUUCAACGAGAUUCUGGAUAGUGUGGAGCAUUCAGAUGUUGAUUCAAGUCACGAUUCUUCAGGUAUGAGGGAUUUUCAGGAGGUGGUUAACUACUGCUCUCUUGUGGAUAUGUCAUAUCAGGGGCCGAGAUUCACUUGGAGUAAUAAGCGAGACAAUGGAGUUAUUUGCAAGAAGCUAGAUCGCACCUUAAUGAACGAAGUUUGGAUGAGGUUGUUCCCACAAUCUUAUUGUGUGUUUGAUGCUGGAGGGUGUUCAGAUCACCAGAGAUGUAGAAUUUCAAUCAGAUUGGAGGAAAUGAAGCCGAUGAAGCCGUUUAAAUUUGUAAACGCUGUGGUGGACAUGCCAGAGUUUCUUCCUUUGGUUGGGGAUUUCUGGUUAGGAACAGAGCCAUUGUUCAACUCAACGUCAGCCUUAUUCAGACUUGCCAAGAAACUGAAGGCUUUAAAGCCAGCUCUUCGGAAACUGAGUAAAGAGAAAGUGGGGGAUAUAGUAAAGAAGACAAAGGAGGCGUAUAUAAAGCUUUGUGAGCUACAGACUAAGACGCUAGAGGACCCUUCUCAGAUAAAUAUGGAGGCUGAGUCUGCUGCUUUGGACAGGUAGUCACUCCUGUCACGGAUAGAGGAAAAAGUCCUCAGUCAAAGAGCUAAGAUUCAUUGGCUAGAUGUUGGGGAUGGUAAUAACAAAAACUUUCACAGAGCAGCGAGAGUUCGAGAGAUCCGUAACUCUAUUCGGGAGAUCAAGCGAGUCGAUGGAACUAUCGCUGACAACCAAGAGGACAUAAAAAAAGAAGCAGUGGACUAUUUUCAGGAGUUUUUAACCCAUACUCCUCCGGAAUACAGUGGAGUGAGCACCGAGGAGCUUACUGCUCUCCUAAAUUAUGAAUGCACGGAAGAAGACAGGAAGAUGCUGGUGGGAGAGGUAUCUGGAGAAAUGAUCCGAAAGGUUUUAUUUGGUAUGGCUGCUGACAAGUCUCCGGGGCCAGAUGGUUAUACGAGCGAGUUUUUUAAAGCCACUUGGGCUAUUACUGGAGGGGAUUUUGUUCAUGCUGUUCAGUCUUUCUUUGACAAAGAGUUUCUCCCGAAAGGGAUCAACUCCACAAUUUUGGCCCUCAUUCCCAAGAAAGACGAUGCAGUGUUUAUGAAAGAUUACAGACCGAUUUCGUGCUGUAAUGUCAUUUACAAGGUUAUAUCAAAGAUUUUGGCAAAGAGGCUGAAGAGAUUGCUUCCAUCUUUUAUAUCCUUGAAUUAGUCAGCUUUUGUGGAGGAUAGACUCCUUAUGGAGAACGUCAUGUUGGCUUCUGAGCUAGUCAAGAGCUAUCACAAAACUUCGGUGACGACUAGGUGUGCAAUGAAGAUUGACAUCUCAAAGACCUUUGAUUCUGUUCAGUGGCCGUUUUUGGUUUCAGCCCUUGAAGCAAUGAACCUGCCAGCAAAGUUCAUCUUAUGGAUUCAAAAAUGUGUUGAGCUUGCGUCCUUUUCAGUUCAGAUAAAUGGAGAGUUAGCUGGGUAUUUCAACAGCAAGAGAGGUCUUCGACAGGGCUGCUCUCUCUCUCCAUAUCUAUUUGUAAUUUGCAUGCAAGUGUUGUCUAAGUUACUAAACAAAGCUGCACUUGAGAAGCGCAUAGAUUACCAUCCUUACUGCAAGGAAAUAAAUCUCACUCACAUCUGUUUUGCUGAUGAUGUGCUUGUCUUCUCGGAUGGGAAAAAGAAGUCUAUAGAAGGGAUAUUGGGAGUUUUCCAUGAGUUUGCAAGAAUGUCAAGGUUGAAUAUUAGCUUGGAGAAGUUGACGUUGUUCUUGGCUGGAGUAAAGGAAGCUGACAGUGCUGCAAUUCUGGAACAAUUCCCUUUUGAAGCAGGGGCUCUUCCGGUCAGAUACCUAGGUCUCCCCUUGCUUUCAAAAAAGAUGGCGGUUGAUGAUUAUGCACCUUUGCUAUCGAGAAUUAGAUCUCGAAUAAGUUCCUGGACAGCACGUCAUCUCUCUUUCGCGGGUCGUCUGCAGCUGAUUGGCUCGGUUAUUUACAGCUUGACUAAUUUCUGGAUGUCUGCCUAUAGAUUGCCAAAUCAGUGUAUUCAGGAGAUUAACAGUCUCUGCUCUGCAUUUCUCUGGUCCGGGCCAGUGUUGUCUACUCAGAAGGCAAAGAUAGCAUGGGUGGAUGUUUGUAAACCAAAGGAUGAGGGGGGUGUAGGGCUGAGGUCUCUGUCUGAAGCAAACCGAGUGUCGUGCUUGAAGCUUAUAUGGCGCAUUCUCUCCUCCCGAAGCUCCUUAUGGGUGCAAUGGAUCCAUAGAUACCUCAUACGGGAAGGUUCGUUUUGGAGUGUUAAAGAUACUAGUUCCUUGGGUUAUUGGAUGUGGAAGAAGCUUUUAAAGCUUCGACCCAUUGCUUUGCAACUUACUCGGGUGGAACUGAAUAAUGGGUCGACGACAUCCUUUUGGUAUGAUAAGUGGUCUCAGUUAGGAGUCUUGAUCAACCUAACGGGAGAAAGGGGAUGCAUCGAUCUUGGAAUCCCAAUCAACACCACUGUUGAAAGAGCAGUCCAGUCUUACAGAAGUCGCAGACAUAGAACUUCAGUAUUAGUCCAAAUAGAGCAAGAGAUAUUGAAGGUUCGAGAUCAGGGACUGAGACCAGAAGAGGAUAUCUGUCUCUGGAAAAGGGAAAAUGAUGAGUUCAGGCCUGGGUUCAUCACCUCGCAGACUCUGAACUUAACUAGAUCACAGUCUCUAAAAGUCCCAUGGUUUAAAGCAAUAUGGUUCCCAGGGGCAACACCUAAGUUCUCCUUUUUGACGUGGCUUGCUGCUCACAACAGAUUAGCGACAGGAGACAGGAUCCUAAGGUGGAAUCCUCAAGCUGCUGCUGGUUGUUGGCUGUGUAAUUCUGGUAUGGAGUCGAGAGACCAUUUAUUUUUCGAAUGUGCUUUCUCAGCGGAGGUUCUGCAGGGUACGAUCAAAGGUCUGGUAAUAGGAGUAACAGUUCAAUGGUCGCCUUUGUUGCAAUGUCUGGUCAAUGGGUUCCAAGACAGAACCACAACCUUCCUAGUUCGAUAUUGCUUUCAAGCAGUUGCGUAUGCCAUAUGGUAUGAAAGAAACAAACGUCGGGUUGGAGAGCCUCCUCAAACUUCUUCUCGACUAACCACUCUUUUGGAUAAGCAAAUUCGGAACAGGAUCUCUUCAUUGAGGAAGAAACCUGGAAGUAAAUAUGAGAAGGCAAUGGAGUUGUGGUUUGGGAGUCGUUGACUCUAUCAAAUUCUUCUCUUUUCAAAUUCUAGGUUUUUAUUUUCUUUGUCAAUAGAAAAUAGCAUAGCUUGUACAAAGGUUUUUUGAAGUGAAUAAAUUUAAAAUUCUUUCAAAAAAAAAAAGAAAUCUAUUUUUUUUUUUAGAUCCGUAUGUGAACUAUAGAUAAACUGAAAAAUCAAUCAAUAUAAAAACAGUUUCAAAAGUUCCUGGUUUUGAGUUUUGCUUUCAUAAACGUUGCUAAAUAAUCUCAUGUUCCAAGUAACAACAGACUCAAAAACAAUAUACACGUUCAUGAUCAGGUCAAAGCAUGCAAGGUCGAGCAAAACAUGACCUAUGUAUGGUAUAAUUGGCAGUGUGGCACAUGUGGUUGAGCUCGAUUGGAGUUAUAAUAUUAAUUUCAAUUCGUUGAUUUAGUUCUACUAAACUUCUACUUAUACUAGGCAAAGAGCCCGUGCGAUAUCGCACGGAAACUCAUUUUAUAAAGAAUAUAUUAUAAUCUACAUUUAUAAUUUUAUAUGCCUGAUAAAAAACUUAAAUCAUAUAAAUAAUUAAAUUUAAUUUUGAUGAUUAAAAUAUAAUUUACAAAAUAUUCAAAUAUAUAUAUAUAUAUAUAUUUUAUAAACCUUAAUGUUCCCUUUAAUUUUUUAUCAAAACACAUAUUGCAUACAAUUGUGUCUUCAUCUUUUUUAAGUUUUUUCAUACAUUUUUCACAUGAUAGUUAUCUUCAACCACUUUUUGAACAAAAUGCAAAAUUUUUUUUGCAUGAUAUAUAAUUUUUUUUCCUAUUUAAGACAUAAUAUUAAAAUUAUUAGUUUAUAAUUUUAAACAAUUAUAAUUUAUAUGUUGGUAAUUGUUAUUUUGUAUAUUUAUCUACCUGCUUUAUUUAUUGAAAAUGAAUAUUCAAAAAAUUGAAUAUUGUAAUAAAUAUAUGUUGAUUUACGUUAAUAUGACCCGUCUCAUUUAUAAUAUUUUUUAAAAUUUUUGGAAGAGUUCUUAUAAAAUACCAACACUUAUUAUAUAAACUAACACAUUAUUUAAAUAAAACUAAUAUUUUUUAAAGCAAUCCCACUUUGAGAUGAAAAAAACACCUUGUUUAGAUGAAAAGUUACAACUUUGACAUUAUUUUUUUCACCAUUUUAUUAUUAGUAGAUUAGUGAAAAUUUGAUUUGAAAAAUGCAUGGAAGAAACUAUUUAUAGAUUUUUUAAAGCCUAUUUGAAUAGUCACAACCUCUUCAAUAUGAAUAGUCGCAUUCUUCUAAUACUCACAACUUCUCACUUUUUAAAAGAUACUAGUGAAUAGUCACAACUUAGACUAUUUUUAGAAGGACACAACCUUACAACAUAUAACUUUUAGAAAAGACACAACCCUCUACACAUAUUUUUCAAAAGACACAACCUUUCAACAUAAUUGAAGUUCACAACCUUAGGAAUUAUUGGAAAAGACACAACCUUACAACAUAUAACUUUUAGAAAAGACACAACCCUUUACACUACUUUUUCAAAAGACACAACCUUUCAACAUAAGUGGAUUCACAACCUUAGAAAUUAAUUGGAAAAUACACAACCUUCCAACAUAGAACUUUUAGAAAAGACACAACCCUUUACACUUCUUUUUCAAAAGACACAACCUUUCAACAUAAGUGGACUCACAACCUUUGGAAUUAAUUGAGAUUGCUAUUAUUAGUAGAUAAAAAACAUUUCGCUA